GUUUGCCAUACAUCUAUCCCUGAUUAUACAAGCCAAAGACAUCGUUCCAGACUUGACCACUUGAGGGCUCCACAAUGUCGCGCAUUGGCGAAUUUUAUGAAUACCAAAGGGGAAAAGAAAGUCCCGAAAUAACUAAACAUAAGAUUAUGUUUAAGAGGCGAAGUGGAUACUUCGAGGUGGAAAUACCCGAUCAUGGCCUAGCCCGCGUACCAUGCCAUGGAGAUUCUUCUUCUGAGAGGACAAAUUGCUUGCUGGAGAAUGUUUUGAGACAUCAUCAAAAGUUCAGAUUUGGAAUACACAAAUGGGCUGAUAAGCAGAGUAAGCAGCCCGUGGAAGAAGCGGUUAGUGAAGUGAACGCCAUCGCUCUUUUCUUCCCGGAUACAAGAACAGAAAAUGUUCGAAUCUGCAUGGCUGCUUGGCUGGCUGUUCUUUGCACUGUUGACAACUUGAUCGAGGCGAUGAUGAUCCAUGAAGCAGAGUCUACACUUAAAUCAGCCGUCAUGACUUUGCAGAGUGAAGACAAGAGCGACACUCAGAAUGAGAUUUGCUCGCUGAUGGCAUAUUUCCAUGAGUACUGUUGCGGAUACCUCCCGUAUGCAGCAGUAGAGGACCUUUUCCGCGAAAUUUGCAUUGUGUUCUCUGGCUUUAUACAUGAGCUGCAAUUUCGCCAGGGCCGGUUGAAGCACAAUUUUGAAACCUACAUGGAUAUUCGAACUCAAACUAUCGGAAUUGCCCCUUUCUUCAGCCUGGUUGGAAGCGAGAUGCCUUCUCCUGUUGGGAAUACGGGGGAUAUAUUGGCACUGAAGAAGGCAAUAAACUCCAUCGUCGGCCUCCAAAAUGACCUCGUUGGACUAGAGAAGGAUCUUGAUCAGGGGGAGUCUAUGAACUCCAUCAUCCUUGCUAUGGAGAAUGCCACAGGAGAUGAGCAGGCAAAGGAAACCCAACUUGCCGAUGCAGCCACAUCGGUCUGCUCGUUGCACAACUGCAACCUUAGUGAGGUUGUAAAGAUGCAUCACAGAUUGACGCAGGAAUCGAGGGCUGAGUCAGAGAUGAUUCUCGCCAACGCGAUGUUGCUUUUCACUGAGACUCAUUUCAAAUGGUGUACGAUGACUAAAAGGUAUGCAGUGGAAAGUACACAGGCCUAGUACUAGGAUAUGAUUUCUACCCGGAUGUGGUUUGCAUGUGUUCAGAUCCGG